CUCCUGACAGUCGCUGGAUAAGCUGAACAGAGAAACCCGACUGCACCUCCUCUUCAACUGAGAUAACUGGGGUUUUUUUUGCAUUGCGCUGCUCACCAACUCCAUCCUCUCAUUUUUUCAAUUAAUUUCUUCAUAUUCUGUCACAUUUGGAGGAUAACAUAUCUCAGAUUGCACCUACUGAGGACUGCUUUGACAGACGAACUGUCUAAUGCUGCGUUUAUCAGCUUUAUAUGCCUUAUGGUAUUUUCCAUCCCUGCUAGCUAGGAUACAGGGCGAAAAGCCCUAAAUAAGGAUUCUGGUUGCUCGUCAAAGAAAGCGGACUUAAACAUGAAAAUUAAAGCUGCCAACUCAGUUUAAGUAAAAUAGCGUGGACACUAACUGGCACUGGAAAAAACUGUUUCAUAAUUUUGUAAAGAGUCUGUAUGCUUUUUGGAUGUCUGAAUCUCCUGCUCCAGCUGAGCUAUGGCAAAAAGGACCUAUCAACACAUCAAGCUUUUUUUGCAAGAACCGUGAGAUAUAAAUUGAUUGGCCAGAACAGAUUUAAGUAAUGGUGUCUGCGCCUGGAAGCAAGUACUACCUAAACCAGUUUUCAUGUAAAUUUGUGCUAACAUGCAAUCAUAUGUCCUACAAUGCUGCAGUUCACACUUAUAAAUCCACAUAGGCCUUCAGUGCCACACUAGACUUUUGUUAAGGCUGAUCCAACAUACUUAUUUGCAUAAAUAGAAUACUUAUAAAUCUGAAGAUAUUACUUAUAGCUGUAAUAUACAGAGUAGGGCUCACACAAUGGUUGUACAAAAGCUGCAUAGUGCCCAUUUCAUAUGGGUAGGGAUCUUCUUAUGCUGCUUUAUAGAAAUAGGGGCUGCUCUUGAAUUUACAGGCACUGAGGGACAGUGGGCCAGGUUUCCAGUGUGGAAUGCAUGUUGUGAAAGUGAAAUGAGCUUUAACCUGAAGACAAAGAGCUCCCACGGGCUGCUUGUUUACUUUGAUGAUGAAGGAUUUUGUGACUUUUUAGAACUUCUUCUAAUAAAAGGGAAACUCAGCCUACGCUACUCAAUCUUCUGUGCAGAGCCUGCAACUGUAGUUUCUGACACAGCCGUCAAUGACAGCCAAUGGCAUACUGUCACGAUUAGAAGAAACUUUAAAAACACAACCCUUGCUGUGGAUGAUGAGAUAAAGUGGGUGGAAGUGAAAUCGAAAAGACGUGACAUGACUGUUUUCAGCCAUCUGUUCCUCGGGGGAAUACCGCUGGAGCUACGGUCCGUGGCAUUGCGCCUGACGUCGGCUGUGGUCAAGGAUCAGCCUCCUUUUGUGGGAUGGAUAACAGAUAUAAAGGUCAACAACACUGAGGCUGAAAUGAUCAACAGUGAGGGGGUCUUAAUGGAUGUCUGCGGUACAGCCAACAUGUGCUUAAAUGGAGGAGUCUGCAGUUUAAUUAACAAUGAACCAGCAUGCAACUGCUCUCACACUGGCUUCCAAGGAAAGGACUGCAGUGAAGAAGACAACAAUACCGAAGGUCUGGCACACCUGAUGAUGGGCGACCAAGGUAAAAGUAAAGGGCAGAGAGGGGAGACUUGGCUUGUAAGGUCCCUACUGAGCAUUCAAG